AUGAGUGCUGAAUCCAAGAUCACGAAAGGCGCCUUAGAAGCCAUCUUCAACGACCCCGACAACGCCAACACGAGAUACCCCGUUCCUGUUCUCCAAUGCCUUCAGAUCAAGCCUUUGGCUGCCCAAGCAGGGGGUGGUGCUGAGAGAUACCGUAUUGUCUUGAGCGAUGUCAACAACUAUGUCCAGUGCAUGCUGGCCACACAAGUGAACCAUGUCGUUCAUGACAACAAGCUGGUCAGAAACUGCAUUGUGCGCAUCACGCAAUACCAGGCGAACUCUGUAAAGGGAAAGAACAUCCUGAUCAUCUUGGGCCUCGAGGUCGUCGACAGCCUCGGCACACCGGACAAGAUUGGCGAGCCCCAGGCCUUCGAGGCCAAGGCACCGCCAGCUGCCAACACUACUAUCGGUGGUCAGAACUUCUACGGCGUCAAGCAGGAAGAGGCCAAGCCCAAGCCUCAACAGUCGAUACCUACACGAUCCGCCGGAGGAGCUUCUGGCUCACACGGAAGCAACAACAUCUACCCCAUCGAGUCUCUCUCGCCUUACGCCCACAAGUGGACCAUCAAGGCCCGCGUUUCCCAGAAGUCUGACAUUCGGACAUGGCAUAAGCCUAGUGGCGAGGGAAAGCUGUUCAGCGUGAACCUCCUCGACGAAAGUGGCGAGAUCAAGGCGACUGGCUUCAACGAGCAGUGCGACCAAUACUACGACCUACUCCAGGAGGGCAGCGUUUACUACAUCUCAAACCCUUGCAAGGUUCAGCUUGCCAAGAAGCAGUUCACCAACUUGCCGAACGAUUACGAGCUCACGUUUGAGCGUGAUACCGUCAUCGAGAAGGCCGAGGACCAGAGCAGCGUGCCCCAGGUGCGCUUCAACUUCUGCAAUAUCCAAGAUCUGCAGGAAGUUGAGAAGGACGCCACCGUCGACGUUAUUGGUAUUCUCAAAGAAGUUGCUGAGGUGUCGCAAAUUGUUUCCAAGUCAACUGGCAAGCCGUACGAGAAGCGAGAGCUCACUCUCGUGGAUGACACCAACUACUCAGUCCGCGUCACUAUCUGGGGCAAGAGUGCUACGAACUUCGAUGCCAAGCCAGAAUCCGUCGUGGCCUUCAAGGGCGUCAAGGUCUCCGACUUCGGUGGCCGCAGCUUGAGCUUGCUGUCUUCCGGCACCAUGUCCAUCGACCCUGAUGUCACAGACGCACACCGCCUGAAGGGCUGGUACGACUCUUCUGGCCGCAACGACGCCUUCAACACCCACAACAACAUGGCCAGCAUGGGCAGCGCCACUGGCCGCAAGGACCAGGACAAGUCUAUCGUGCAGGUGAAGGAGGAGAACCUGGGCAUGGAACAGCAGGACUACUUCAACCUGAAGGCCACCAUUGUCUACAUCAAGCAGGACAACUUCGCCUACCCCGCCUGCUUGUCCGAGGGCUGCAACAAGAAGGUAACUGACAUGGGAGACGGCACAUGGCGCUGCGAGAAGUGCGAUGUCUCACACCCGAAACCCGAGUACCGCUACAUCAUGUCCGUCAAUGUCUGCGACCACACCAACCAACUGUGGCUCAGCUGCUUCGACGAUGUUGGCCGGAUUGUCAUGGGCAUGAGCGCUGAUGACCUGAUGGCUCUGCGUGAAGAGGACGACACAAAACUGGCUCAGGCUUUCGAGGAGGCCAACUGCCGCAAGCUCAACUUCCGUUGCCGUGCGAAAAUGGACACCUUCGGCGAGUCUCAGAGGGUACGCUACCAGGUCAUGAGUGCCUCGCCCAUCGAUUUCAAGGCGGAAGGCGCAAAGCUUGCCGACCUCAUCAAGCAGUUCGGAAUCAGCUCUUGA